GGGGCCUCGGGCUUUGGCAUCUGUGUCGAUCGCAUGCUACCGACCAACCGUGUCCAGGGCUGUGCAUGCCAUUGGUGUCCCAUUGGUGUCCUAACCUGCGUCUGCCUGGCGUUCAAAUGGUUCUGCAUAUGGCAGGGAGCUAGUGUGAGCUGUUUGCGGUUCACAAUGGCAGACAAUGGCAGACAAUCCAGUGUCAAAUGCCCUGCCUCGUGUGAAGCGUACCAUGGCACAACCUCCACGCAUGGCCGGAGGCAAGGGAUCAUCGUUCAGCCCAGCCAACGAUCAAAGCCAAUCCCACUUCGACGCCACCACACCCAGCUGCACGACCCUGCGCAGGCCACGCUUAGCGAACGCCAGGCUGAGGCGCUGCGACAAACACCAGAGAGACAUGGCAGUAAGCGGGAAACCACUUACGGUCCGCGCAACCACGAAGAAAUCAGCGGAGAUUCUUGGCGAGUGCGUGAGCAACAAUGGCCUGGGAAACACAUGGCAUGUAGGUGCAUUAGGAGCGGUGGCUAGGGGAUAGAGCUGGCCAACAGCACAGGGCAAGUGUCCAUCCAUCAAGAUGCCGCGCCUAAUCGGGAAUGGCCGUGGAGCCUGGAGGGGCUCUAUGCCAAUAGUGACAGCGUCCAGACCGCUUGAACGGGCUAAUCUUACUGUAGCCUGUAGUGCCGACUCUCACCAGAUGCAAUACAAUGGCUCAGGCCCCUAGGGCGGCUGGUCCGUUGUCAACCUGCGAGACAGGCAGGC